AUGGCGACUGCAAACGCGCAAACCCAAGCGGACGAACUGCCACAGCAGCCAGCAAACAAAUGUCAGCAGUCAACAAAGCUGGAGGAUAUGUGGCGUCGGUCUACACAAGCCUGGUCUGAUUCCAAGGAACGAUAUCAUCAAGCGACAGUGGAGGCAUGGCAUCGGUCCUCUGAUUCCCUCUCUAACACCAAAAGUCGAUAUGAGCAAAACACCGCAGAUGCCUGGCACCGCUCUUCAAAUUCAGUGACAAGCUCGAAGGAUCGAUGCCAUCAGUCAACCAUGGACGCAUGGCAACGAUCUACAGAUACCUGGAAAAAUUCGAAGACUCGGUGCCGGCAAUCGGCCGCAGAGAUGCUGAAUCGCUCAGCAGUUAAGCUUUACCAGUCAACCGACCGGCUGCAGAAUCUAUCUUACACACCGAAUAAUGCCUUCGAGAACCAUCAAACCCAAAUCAUUAAAGCUUCCCAAUCAACGGCAUCCCUGCCCUCGUCCUUGCACCAACAACCUAGUCUACCCGCCGAGCCGUCCUCGCAAAAUACACAAUGGUCCCAGCCAUUGACAUCGCCCAAAUCAUCACCAAAUCCACAGCUGCCCCAAAAAUUCACAGUACCCGAAUCACCUCAGACCUCGCAAUCGUCACAAUCAUCAGAGUCCCCAAUAUCAUCCAACUCAUCACAAUCCGCACAUCCACUCUCCGAAUGCUCAACAGACACUAUGCCGCCCAAAUACCAGCUGAUCGAUCCUUCCAGCAAAGACCAACAGCAAGAGUUGCAGAUCCGAGAGCUGUUAAAUAUGACGGAUAAUACUUUCUUUCAACUACACCAAGCAAAGCAACUUCGGAACUCGAAAUCGGGUCUGCUGGGAGAGAUCGAGCAUCAAUGGAUCAACUCCACUAUAAAUGACGCGUUGCAAUCAGGUCAAAGUUUGGUAAAGCUCCUAGAGCCGCAUCGCCUGGAUAUGGUGAAGCGCAAGGGCAAGAUUACCUCUUCGAACAAGAAACGCUGGAAGAAUGAGGAUUGUCUAAAAGCCUACGAAAAGCAAUCCAAUUUGAUCUUGCACCAGGAGAGGCUCGAUAAAGUCUUCACUCACCUAAAGAAUCUCUCUCCUGCUCAGACUUCUAAAUCUGGUCCUGAUUCCAAUGAACUCCACCCCCGAUCCUUCUCAGAGCUAGAGGCUGCCAGGAAACCUACUCCUGAACUUACAGGUGAUACUGAGCGAACCUCAGGCCUCAUCGAACUCCAAGCCCCCAUCGAGCUUCCUUCCGAUUCAGUGCCCCAAGCUAUAAUUGCCGAGUUGCCUGGUGAUGCGACAUCAUUGAAAACCGAGUCUGCGAAGCCAGUCCCGAAAAUCAUCAUCACUCGAACACCAGAGAAUAUAUCUGUUGAGUAUAUUGGAAGUCCGGCAACCCCUGACCAACCACGCCAUGAGAAUGACGAAAUAAAUCAAAUCCUCGGAUGGAAACAAACACGCAACGAUGUGCGGCUACAUCAGUCGACUUCACUCUCGAACAUCAUUGCUGAGAUGGAUAAUGCCCGCAUACAUUAA